UAUCAAACAGGGUGGAUGAAAUCACAUCUCCCCGUUUUCCUGUCUCACCUCUCUAGGCUUCUCUUCGGCACCCUUUAUCCUGCAUAUUACUCCUACAAGGCUGUGAAGUCUAAGGACAUUAAAGAAUACGUCAAAUGGAUGAUGUACUGGAUUAUAUUUGCCCUCUUCACCACAGCAGAGACGUUCACAGACAUCUUCCUUUGCUGGUUUCCGUUCUAUUAUGAACUAAAAAUAGCAUUUGUAGCCUGGCUGCUGUCUCCCUAUACAAAAGGAUCCAGCCUCCUGUACAGGAAAUUUGUUCAUCCCACACUGUCUUCAAAAGAAAAGGAAAUUGAUGACUGCCUGGUCCAAGCAAAAGAUCGAAGUUAUGACGCCCUUGUGCACUUUGGAAAGCGAGGCUUGAACGUGGCAGCCACAGCAGCUGUGAUGGCUGCCUCCAAGGGACAGGGUGCCUUGUCAGAGAGACUACGGAGCUUCAGCAUGCAGGACCUCACCACCAUCAGGGGCGAUGGUGCCCCUGCUCCCUCGGGACCCCCUCCACCAGGGCCUGGGCGGUCCAGCGGCAAACACGGCCAGCCCAAGAUGUCCAGGAGUGCUUCUGAGAGUGCCGGCAGCUCAGUGUGUACCUGCUGCUCUACUUGCAGGACCCGGAAAGUGGUUGAGGGAGAUGUGAAUGAGAGUGGUGUGAAGGCAUGGGAGCCCCACAGGGUCCAGAGCCCACUGGCGUUUUCUGACGAGGAGGAGGAGGACCUGUUGGAGUUCAUGUACAAGUAUAAGGCACCGAGGAGGACCGAGUUGCCCCUGGAGGCACCGCCUAGAACCCUUCGAUCCCGCUUCAGGAAGAAAAGUACCUCAUCCUCGGCCACUGAAACCACAUGAGUGAGAUGAGCCAACAGCACUGGAUCCACAGAUGUCUCUCCUCUGCCUUAAAGAGCUAGUCACUAGUAACACGGAAAUCCGCAGGCUGGGUGUGUUUUGAGUGUGCAGCCUCACAGACAUGGCCUUUACUCGCUCCCCUCUUCUGCCUUUAAGAAUUUUCUGUUCUCUUUCCUUUUUGUUCCUGCAGGGGAGAGGCUACAGGGAAAUGGCGGAGGGUGACCUUUACGUCCUCUGGGCUUAGUCAUUUCCCACAAAUUGGACUGUCAUUGUGGCCCCAGUGUUUCUACCCUGAUGCUGCUGAGAUGUACAUUUGUAACUUAUUUGUUGCAUAGUUUUUAGUCUUGUAAAUGCAGACGAGAUCUUUUUACAGAAACCCUUUUGUUCUUCUUGGUACUGAUACUUUGGACUAUGGUGUACAUAUUUAUGGCUUUUGGCUUAAUGUGAUGAACUGGCAAGGGCUGCCAGAGGUUCUGCUAAGUGAGAGAGUGGCAAAAACAGAAACAUAGACAAAUAUUUUGAUUCUUGAAAAUGUCUCCGACCUGCUUACAAAGCCAGUGCCAGUAGGGCACCGCUGCUCCUGCAGAAAGGCGGCCUGUGUAGUCAGCAGAGCAGGGCUGAGGGAGGAGUGCAGUGUUUCAGCAACAGGGAAGAA